UAGUCCGUAUAUGCAUGCUCUAUUUUGGUCACACCCGUCCAGGCCAAAAUCAAAAUGGCGUCUCUUGCAAGGGUGUGUUUGCAAAGGCCGCAGCCACUCUCUAGCUUUGGACACUCUGUGAGGGGAUUCGCUACCCUUAAAGACAUUUCUGUGAGGCUCAAAGCUGUAAAGAACAUACAAAAGAUUACAAAGUCAAUGAAGAUGGUGGCAGCAGCAAAGUACAACAGAGCAGAGAGAGAGCUCAAACCAGCCAGAACAUACGGAGAAGGAUCUACUGCUCUUCUUGAGAAAGCAGAGAUAGUUCCGGAGCAGCCAAAGCCGAAGCACAUUAUGAUAUGCAUGUCAUCUGAUCGUGGUCUCUGUGGCGGGAUCCACUCCAGCAUAGCAAAGAACGUCAGAGCCUUAUUAAAGGAAAGGCCACCUAAUGAAACAGCGCUAGUACUAGUUGGUGAUAAGUUGAGGACCAUACUUCAAAGGACUCAUAGUUCUAACAUCCUAAUGGCUUUCUCUGAAAUUGGGCGUCGCCCACCUGUGUUCCCCGAAGCAUCUUUCAUUGCAGAGCAGGUUCUGACGUCAGGGAAUGAGUUUGAGUCCGGAGAAAUAGUAUUCAACAGGUUUAGGUCCGUUAUUUCAUUUCGUGUUACUCUGCAGCCUUUUGUGCCGCUCUCAACACUAGUGGAAUCAGAGAACAUGAGCAUCUAUGAUGAUGUUGAUGAAGAGGUCCUAAGAUGCUAUCAUGAGAUUACUUUGGCUAAUAUGAUAUAUUAUGGCUUAAAGGAAGGAGCAUGCAGUGAGCAGAGCGCUAGGAUGACAGCUAUGGAUGCAGCCAGCAAGAAUGCCAGUGAAAUGAUUGAUAAGCUUACUCUGACUUACAACAGAACAAGACAAGCCGUCAUCACUCGUGAAUUGAUUGAAAUCAUUUCUGGAGCUGCUGCACUUUAGAGAAGAGAAAAAAGAUAUAGGGAAAGACUGGCAUGAACAUACUAUACUAGAAACAUUUAGACACUUAUUAUUAAUACUAUUAAUAAUAAUAUGUAAUAUUUAGUGUGCUAAUUCAUAACACUUUCCUGUCUUAGGAUCAUAGAAA